AUGACCCGUUACCAAACGGAAUCGCUCUCUCAACCAAUAGAAGAAUUUGCAGAGCUUGCAUUGCUGUUUAUAAUUCAAAAUUUUGGAUUGGAUGGUGAUGAUCGGAGCAAGAAGGCUGUUUUUUGGAUAGCAAGAAGCGAGGGAGUUACUCUGGCAUUUUGCAUUGCGUGGCGUGGUGGAGGUGUUAUGUUUGAUUUCAAGCAUUUUGAUUGUGGUUUUGUUAAUGCCAAUAAUUGGAGAGCUGAAGGUGGCCUAGAAGAAAGCUCAAGUGUCCUGUUGGUGCAAAUGUCAAAGUUUCCCUCCUCUAAACUGCAAGAAUCUACAUCCUCAUCUACUUCUGAGUCUCGGGAACCAAAUGGAACAACAGAAAUGGAUGACCCUGAGGAUACAAUGGCUGCAGUUGCUCGCUUCAUUGAGAAGCUACAUUCCAGGAUAUCUUCACCGCCUGAAAAAGAACUUGUAACAGCUCGUCUGCUUCAUCUUGCCAAAGCAAGAAAGGAGGCAAGGACAGUCAUUGGUUGUCAUGCCCAAGCAAUGCCAUUAUUCAUAUCCCUUCUCAGGAUUGGUACCUCUGGGGCAAAAGUUAAUGUUGCUGCAACUCUCAGUGCUCUGUGCAAAGAUGAUGAUUUACGAGUGAAGGUGCUUCUGGGUGGGUGCAUACCACCUUUACUCUCACUUCUGAAGUCUGACUCGGUUGAGGCUAGGAAGGCAGCAGCAGAGGCUAUAUAUGAAGUUUCCUCUGGCUCGGUUUCAGAUGAUCAAGUUGGUAUCAAGAUAUUUGCCACAGAAGGUGUGACACCUACCUUAUGGGAACAGCUUAAUCCAAAGAAGAAGCAGGACAAAGUGGUUCAAGGUUUUGUUACUGGGGCACUGAGAAAUCUUUGCGGGGACAAGGAUAAUUAUUGGAGAGCAACGCUUGAGGCUGGAGGAGUGGAUAUCAUUGUGGGUCUUCUGUCUUCUGACAAUGCUGCUGCCCAGUCCAAUGCAGCUUCUUUAUUGGCCCGUCUAAUGUUGGCAUUUGGUGAUAGUAUACCGAAAGUAAUUGAUUCUGGAGCUGUGCAAGCUUUGCUUCAGCUUGUGGGUCAGAAUAAUGAUAUUUCUGUUCGUGCUAGUGCUGCUGAUGCUCUGGAGGCUCUUUCCUCAAAGUCAACAAAGGCCAAGAAAGCUAUUGUAGAUGCUGAUGGUGUUCCCAUUCUCAUUGGGGCCAUAGUUGCUCCUUCUAAAGAGUGUAUGCAAGGGGAGUUUGGCCAGGCUCUGCAAGGGCAUGCGACACGAGCUCUAGCAAAUAUCUGUGGCGGGAUGUCUGCCUUGAUACUAUAUCUUGGAGAACUAUCACAUUCUCCUCAUCUUGCUGCACCAGUUGCUGAUAUAAUCGGAGCACUGGCCUAUGCUUUGAUGGUAUUUGAGCAAAAUGCUGGUACUGAUGAGGAAACUUUUGAUGCAACCAAGAUAGAGGAUACACUAGUAAAGCUGCUGACGCAUCGUGAUAAUAAGCUGGUUCAGGAACGUAUCUUUGAGGCUAUGGCAAGUCUGUAUGGCAAUAUCUACCUCUCAAGAUGUCUUGAUCAUGCAGAAGCAAAGAAGGUUCUUAUUGGGCUCAUAACAAUGGCUGUUGGGGAUCCACAGGAGUAUUUAAUACUUUCUUUAACCAGCCUAUGCUGUGACAGGGUAGGCAUCUGGGAUGCCAUUGGCAAGAGAGAAGGGAUUCAGUUACUAAUAUCAUUAUUGGGAUUAUCCAGUGAGCAGCAUCAAGAAUAUGGUGUUCGUUUUCUGGCAAUCUUAACUGAUCAGGUUGAUGACAGUAAGUGGGCUAUCACUGCCGCUGGUGGGAUUCCUCCUCUUGUGCAGCUGUUAGAGGCAGGGUCUCAGAAGGCAAGGGAGGAUGCAGCACAUAUUCUGUGGAAUCUUUGCUGUCAUAGUGAAGAUAUCCGCGCCUGUGUUGAAAGUGCAGGAGCUGUCCCUGCAUUUUUAUGGCUUUUACAGAGUGGCGGACCUAAAGGUCAAGAAGCCUCAGCUAUGGCACUUACGAGGCUUGUCCAAACAGCUGAUUCUACCACUAUUAAUCAGUUACUAGCUCUGCUUCUUGGCGACUCUUCUGGCUCAAAAGCCCACACAAUAAGAGUUUUGGGUCAUGUACUUACGAUGGCAUCACAUAAUGAUCUUGUGCAAAGGGGAUCUGCAGCUAAUCAAGCGUUAAGAUCUCUUAUCCAGAUUCUUAACUCCUCAGAUGAAGAAACCCAAGAAUCUGCAGCUUCUGUUCUUGCUGAUCUAUUCACUACAAGGCAAGAUAUCUGUGAUAGUCUUGCAACAGAUGAGAUUGUGCAUCCCUGCAUGAAGCUUUUAACCAGUAAUAAUACUCAAGUUGUUGCAACGCAGUUAGCCCGAGCAUUGGGUGCUUUGUCACGCCCAACUAAGACUAAAACUACUAUGAAAAUGCCUUAUAUUGCUGAAGGGGAUGUCAAGCCUCUAAUUAAGUUGGCUAAAACCUCUAUUGGUGCUGCAGAAACAGCAAUUGCUGCUCUGGCCAAUCUUCUCUCUGAUCCCCAGAUUGCUGCCGAAGCGCUGUCAGAGGAUGUUGUUGGGGCUUUGACAAGAGUCCUGGGAGAAGGAACUUCAGAAGGCAAAAAGAAUGCAUCACGAGCUCUUCAUCAAUUGCUGAGGCAUUUUCCGGUAGGUGAUGUGCUCAGCGGAAAUGCUCAGUGUCGUUUUUCUGUUCUUGCAGUACUUAAUUCCUUGAACUCAAUGGAUAUGGAUGGCACAGAUAUCACUGAUGCUUUAGAAGUACUUGCACUCUUGGUGAGGAUGAAACAUGGUGUGAAUUUCACUUACCUGCCUCGGGCUUUCCUCUCAGAAGUGCCCUCAAGCUUAGAGCCUCUAGUACUCUUAGUGGCUGAGGGCCCACCUUUACUGCAAGAUAAGGCAAUAGAAAUUUUGUCUUGGCUCUGUGGUGAUCAGCCAGCUGUGCUGGGCGAUCUGUUGACUGCAAGAUCAAGAUCAAUUGAUUCUCUAGCCAAUAGAAUAAUAAAUUCCUCCCAUUUAGAAGUGAAAGUUGGAGGGAUUACAUUGCUCAUGUGUGCUGCUAAAGAACACACACAGCAGUCAGUGGAAGCACUUGAUAUAUCAGGACACUUGAAAUCCCUUAUAUAUGCCUUAGUGGAUAUGAUGAAGCAGAACUCUAGCCACUCAUCUUUAGACAUGCAAGUUAGAACUCCAAGAGGUUUUUUCGAAGGAUCGACAUUCCAGGAAGGAGAUGAAUUUGAUGUUGUCGAUCCAGCCAUUGUUUUUGGUGGUACUGUUGCCUUGUGGUUGUUAUCAAUAGUCUCUUCCUUCCAUGCAAAGAGCAAGCUCAUCAUAAUGGAAGCUGGUGGACUUGAGGCUCUCUCAGACAAGCUUUUGAGUUAUACUUCCACUCCACAGGCAGAAUUUGAGGAUACAGAGGGUAUAUGGAUCAGUGUGUUGCUCCUGGCUAUCUUAUUCCAAGACCCAAAUAUUGUCCUGUCUCCAACAACAAUGCGCAUCAUACCUUCUCUUGCUCAUUUGAUGAGAUCUGAUGAAGUGAUUGAUAAAUUUUUUGCUGCUCAGGCAAUGGCCAGUCUUGUUUGCAAUGGAAGUAAGGGAAUAAGCCUCACUAUUGCAAACUCCGGUGCUGUUGCAGGCUUGAUAACAUUAAUCGGUUUCAUAGAAUCAGAUAUGCCAAACCUUGUUGCUUUAUCAGAAGAAUUUUCGUUGGUACAUAAUCCUGAUCAAGUUAUUCUGGAACACCUUUUUGAAAUAGAAGAUGUAAGAUUUGGUUCCACUGCACGCAAAUCUAUUCCUUUGUUGGUGGAUCUCUUGAGACCGAUUCCAGAUAGACCAGGUGCUCCUCCAAUUGCUGUUCAACUCUUACGCCAUCUUGCAGAAGGAAGUGAUGCAAAUAAAUUAAUCAUAGCUGAAGCAGGAGCUCUCGAUGCUUUAACAAAAUACCUGUCAUUGAGUCCUCAAGACUCCACAGAAGCCUCUAUAUCUGAAUUAUUAAGAAUCCUGUUUAGCAAUCCUGAACUUAUUCGGUAUGAAGCAUCACUUAGUUCCUUGAAUCAACUUACAGCUGUUUUGCGUCUUGGAUCAAGAGAUGCUAGAUUUAGUGCUGCAAGGGCUCUCCAUGAACUUUUUGAUGCUGAAAGCAUUAGAGACUCCGAGUUAGCUUGGCAGGCCGUUCAGCCAUUGAUUGACAUGCUUAAUUCUGUAUCAGAGAGUGAGCAAGAGGCUGCUCUUGUCGCCUUGAUCAGGCUGAUGUCUGGAAAUAAUUCAAAAAGAGUUUUAUUUGUUGAUGUUGAAGGUAAUCCACUCGAGAGCCUAUACAAAAUAUUGUCUUCUGCUUCGUCCUUGGAAUUGAAGAGAAAUGCUGCAGAACUUUGCUUUAUUCUGUUUAGCAAUACAAAAUUCAGAUCAAAUGCAAUUGCCUCUGAAUGCAUACAGCCCCUUAUAUCUCUAAUGCAGUCUGAUAACGCAGCAGUUGUGGAAUCUGUGGUUUGCGCUUUUGAGAGAUUGUUGGAUGAUGAACAAAAGGUGGAGCUUGCAGCAGCCAAUGUUAACAUAAUGGAUCUUCUUGUUGGCUUGGUUUCUGGAACAAAUCUCCGACUUAUUGAUGGUUGUAUCUCUGCUCUAAUAAAAUUGGGGAAAGAUCGGGCCCCACGCAAACUGGAUAUGGUCAAAGCAGGUAUUAUAGAUAAAUGUCUUGUGCUACUCCCAGUUGCGCCCAGUUCAUUAUGCUCUUCAAUUGCAGAACUGUUCCGCAUUUUGACAAACAGUGGGGCCAUUGCUAGAAGUUCAGAUGCUGCGAAAGUGGUAGAACCUCUUUUUAUGGUUUUGCUUCGGCCAGAUUUUGGUUUGUGGGGACAGCAUAGUGCCUUACAAGCACUUGUAAAUAUAUUGGAGAAGCCACAGAGCCUUGCAACAUUGAAACUUACUCCUAGUCAGGUCAUUGAGCCUUUAAUUUCAUUUCUGGAGUCCCCAUCUCAAGCUAUUCAGCAACUUGGCACAGAACUACUAUCUCAUCUUCUUGCACAAGAACAUUUUCAGCAAGAUAUAACGACCAAAAAUGCAGUGGUUCCACUUGUGCAGCUUGCUGGAAUUGGAAUAUUGAACCUUCAACAGACAGCAAUAAAGGCACUGGAAAAAAUAUCCAUUAGCUGGCCAAAGGUGGUUGCUGAUGCUGGAGGAAUUUUUGAGCUAGCAAAGGUUAUUAUUCAAGAUGAUCCUCAACCACCUGUUGAACUUUGGGAAACUGCUGCUUUGGUUCUCUCAAAUGUUCUGCGUUUCAACACAGAGUACUACUUCAAAGUUCCUAUAGUGGUUCUUGUUAAAAUGUUGCACUCUACUCGUGAGAGCACUAUUAAAGUGGCACUUAACGGCUUAAUUGUUCAUGAACGGACUGAUGCUUCUAGCGCAGAGCAGAUGGCUGAAGCUGGUGUUAUAGAUUCUUUGUUGAACCUGCUAAGAUCUCAUCAAUGUGAGGAGUUAUCCGGAACACUACUUGAAGCUUUGUUUAACCACAUCAGAGUACGAGAGAAGAAGGUUUCCAAGUAUGCAAUAGCACCUUUAUCUCAGUAUCUGUUAGACCCACAAACUAGGUCAGAGACCUGCAGGUUUCUUGCAGCUCUAGCUCUUGGGGACCUCUCCCAGCAGGAAGUACUUGCAAGGGCCAGUGAUUCUGUUUCAGCUUGUCGUGCUUUGGUAAGCUUGCUUGAAGAUCAACCGUCUGAAGCAAUGACAAUGGUAGCAGUUUGUGCAUUGCAGAACUUUGUCAUGCACAGUAGGACCAAUAGGCGAGCUGUUGCAGAAGCAGGUGGCAUAUUAGUGGUGCAGGAACUACUCCUGUCUCCUAGUGCUGAUGUGGCUGGGCAGGCAGCCAUGCUGAUCGAAUUGCUAUUUUCUAACCACACUCUCCAAGAAUAUGUAUCAAAUGAGCUCAUCAGAUCUUUGACAGCUGCUCUUGAGAGAGAGUUGUGGUCCACUGCGACGAUCAAUGCACAGGUCUUGAGAACCUUGAAUGUCAUCUUCACCAACUUUCCUAAGCUCCAUGUUUCUGAAGCAGCUACCCUGUGCAUUCCCCAUUUGGUAAAUGCACUCAAGUCUGGUAGUGAGGCAGCUCAGGAAUCUGUGUUGGACACCUUAUGUUUGUUAAAACAGUCUUGGUCAACCAUGCCAAUAGAUAUUGCAAAGUCCCAGGCCAUGAUUGCAGCUGAAGCUAUUCCUAUUUUACAAAUGUUGAUGAAAACCUGCCCACCAAGUUUUCAUGAAAGAGCAGACCUCCUGUUACACUGUUUGCCAGGAUGUUUGACUGUUACCAUUAAGCGUGGGACAAACCUAAAGCAGGCAAUGGGAACCACAAAUGCUUUCUGUCGCUUGACAAUAGGCAAUGGUCCUCCUCGCCAAACCAAAGUUGUGAGCCACAGUAUAUCUCCAGAAUGGAAAGAAGGAUUUACAUGGGCUUUUGAUGUACCGCCGAAGGGCCAGAAACUUCACAUCAUUUGCAAAAGCAAAAAUACUUUUGGCAAGAAUACUCUGGGAAGAGUGACUAUCCAAAUUGAUAAAGUUGUGACGGAAGGAGUAUACAGUGGGUUAUUCAGCCUUAAUCAUGAUAGCAAUAAGGAUGUUUCCUCUAGAACUCUUGAAAUUGAGAUUAUCUGGACCAACAGGACAUCAGAAUGA